AUCAUCAUAAACUUAACUGAAUAAAUCAAUUAAAUUUCUUCAAUCAAUUAGAUUCCUCUUAUGGCUAUCAAGAAGACUAAGUCGUGUUGGCAAGGAGGAGCCCUUAGGAGAAAUCUGACCGAAAAUCAGUGCUUCAGGGUUUCAUUUUAAACUGGCAACAGAUUCCCAUAAAACACACACACACACACACACACACUGGUCCAGAUUGGUGUGUAAUGACAUUCUCGUGUCCUGUGGCUGCUCCUAUGUCAGUUUAGUAAUCACUCCACAUUAACUCUGUGUGUGUGUGUGUGUGUGUGUGUGUGUGUGUGUGUGUGUGUGUGUGUGUGUGUGUGUGUGUAACCGUACCCUAGUCAGAGCCGUCUGUGAUCCGGUCCAUUGUUUAUGAAUUAGCAAUCUGGCUUGUGAGCUGCAUUUAGCCCAUUAGGGUCAGCGGUGUCCCCGGGCUUCUCAGAAACCAGAACAGAGACAGAGAGAGGACAGCUGCUCUGAUAAUAUCAUGACAAAGUCCCCUCAGUCUAUGUGUCAGAGAGAGGGCGAGAUGUUUCCUUGUAAGGUUUGAAUGUUCGAUCAACACUGGAGCUUUACAGCUUCUACACGUUUUCAGAGGAAAAUACCUGAAGUGGAAGAUAAAGUGCAUAAGUAGAAGUAUACAUUUAUCUAUAACUAGUAAUUCACCUGUAUCCUUAGUUUAUAUGUAUCAAAAAGUUUUAGCAUUUCCUGCUGCCAGAUGACUAAGUCACAGUUUACAGUACAGGCUUCUCAGCUCUGAACAUGAUCUCAUUACCUAGAAGCAUAUCUGAAGCCUUUUUUAUGGGGGAUAGUCCUUAAUAAAACUUUUUUUUUUUGUUUGUUUUUUUAAAAAAAAAGGAAAGAAAUAAUAUUCUACAAAAAUUUGUUACAGUUGGUUAAAUGUGAAAAAAGACUUCAAAGUUUUAAAAGUCAAUUAAAAAAAUGUAAAAAAAAAAAAGUUUUAGAAAGUCAUCAAAAUUCAUUCAUUAAAAUAAGACAAAAAAGUAUCUUUAAAAACCCAAAGUAAAACUUAACCCUAAAGUUUUUCUUAAUUAGAAAAAAAAAAUUCUUACAAAGCCAAUAAAAAGUCAUUUUAAAGGUAAAUGCUUGUUUAUUUAAAAAGUCAUUUUAAUGCUAAAUUAAGGAAAAAACUUUUGAAGUCAAACAAAACUCAUCAGAAAUUAAGCUUGUUCCAUGUCAUUCAAAAAAUAAGCCAAUUUCUAAAAGUUCAUGAUAAAGUGCAAAAAAAAGAAACAGUUAAGCAAGGCCUGCAUAGGUAGGAUUUUAAGGGAAGGGGUUAAAAAGGAUCCUUCAAACAAGUCAUGUAACAAUGAAAUAAUUUCUGCUUCUACGUGAGUGAGUAGUUUAACAAAUCCAUUUUUUAUGCAAUAAAAACUCUAAAUGAAGAUUAUGAACACUUGAGACAUCUCAGGCUUCACUCCUGUCUUCAUAUUCCCACCUCCCUCUCUCUCACACCCUCCUCCCUCCCUGUGUCUCUCCGUCCCUCUCACGGCUGGUUGUUGAGGACUCAGUCAGUCCUCUGGUCUCACAGUCGACAGUCUGAUCACAGCUAUCAGGCAAGCUGAGGCUUCCAGGAACUGAGGGGGAUUAUCUGGGCAGGCUGUACCCAGGGGAGGCACUCUGCUCCUGGGGACGUGCAGCCGGGAGCGUCCCUCUGAGCCUUUUUGUCAGAUGGAUCAGUGGCAGGAGCUGAUGGUCCGCCACCACCAACUAGUCUGGACCUGAAGGAUCAGGGUCCUCUGUAUGAUCAGACAUGAUGGAACUACGCAGAACUUAAUGACUUCUGGAUAAUUUUUCAUACAAGAGGACAAAGCCAGGGUGUUCUUCUUACUUUGGAUUAUUUAGAGGCAGACAAAAUGAGUUGUUGUGGAAUUAUUAUAGAUUGAGUUUGCUUAUUGAGCUCAGAUAAAUAUGUGUGUGUGUGGUCUGCACAUUGCUUCACAGACUGUGUGCGUGUGUGUGUGUUUUGAAGCAGUCUGUUAGUUUGUGACUCAGCAAGCCCGUGCUUGCUGGUGAAGGAACACUCUACCCCAGAUACCUCACAUAACUGUGUGUGUCUCUGUGUGGAGAUAAGAGCAGGUGCUGACGUUACACACUCACACACUCACACAGGUCAUUCCUUUAUACAUAAAAGUCAGUGGUUUGACUCAUGGAGGAGUAACCGUGGGACACUUUUUGGUGGAGUGUGGAGCUGGAGGAUGGACUGUACAGUAUGUGUUUGACAGACAGAUGAGCUGAUGCAGUCCGGUGGAUUAUUAAAGAUUACAGUUGAGCCUUUUGUCCCGGGACACGAGAUGAAGAGGAGGAAGGAGAGAGCAGGAGCCCCACACCUUCACCUCCACUGUCGGACGAGCAACAGGAAGAGCCUGAUUGUGACAUCCAGCACCUCCCCCACCCUGCCGCGACCACACUCACCUCUGCACGGACACACAGGUACCAGUCCACUGGACAGCCCUCGCAACUUCUCCCCGAACACAGCUGCACACUUCUCCUUUGUUCCUGCACGCAGGACGGAUGGCAGACGCUGGUCUCUGGCCUCUUUGCCCUCCUCUGGCUAUGGCACCAACACUCCCAGCUCCACUGUCUCGUCCUCCUGUUCAUCUCAGGAGAAACUGCACCAGCUGCCCUUCCAGCCCACCCCAGAUGAGCUGCACUUCCUUACCAAACACUUCAGCUCCGAGAGCAUCACAGAUGAGGAGGGACGCCGCUCCCCCGCCAUGAGACCACGCUCCCGCAGCCUCAGUCCCGGGCGCUCGCCUAUCUCCUUCGACCAUGAGAUCGUGAUGAUGAACCAUGUGUACAAAGAGAGGUUUCCCAAGGCGACGGCUCAAAUGGAGGAGCGUCUGGCUGAGCUGCUCAGCUCCUCGGCCCCGGAUAAGGUGCGCCCGCUGGCUGACGGGGUCCUGAGCUUCAUCUACCAUCAGCUGAUAGAGCUGUCCAGAGACUGCCUGGAGAAAAGCAGAGAAGGCCUCAUCACCUCCCGCUACUUCUACGAGCUCCAGGAGAACCUGGAGAAGCUGCUGCAAGAUGCUCAUGAGCGCUCAGAGAGCGUGGAGGUUACCUUUGUUACACAACUCGUCAAAAAGCUGAUGAUCAUCAUCGCCCGGCCAGCACGGCUGCUGGAGUGCCUGGAGUUUGAUCCUGAGGAGUUCUACCAUUUGUUAGAGGCAGCAGAGGGCCAUGCUAAGGAGGGUCAGGGCAUCAAGUGCGACAUCCCCCGAUACAUCAUCAGCCAGCUGGGCCUCACCAGGGACCCCCUGGAGGAAAUGGCCCAGCUGAGCAGUUAUGACAGCGGGAACCCAGAAACCCCAGAGACUGAUGAAUCAGUGGAUGGUCGAGGCACCACAGUCCCAGCAGCUCCACCACCGACUAAAACCAAAACACCUCGCGAGGAAGACUUUGAAAACAUCAAGCUCAUCAGUAAUGGUGCCUAUGGCGCUGUGUUUCUGGUGCGUCACAAGGAAACCCGGCAGCGUUUCGCCAUGAAGAAGAUCAACAAGCAGAACCUGAUCCUGAGGAACCAGAUCCAACAGGCCUUCGUGGAACGAGACAUCCUGACGUUUGCCGAGAACCCAUUUGUUGUCUCCAUGUUCUGUUCCUUCGAGACCAGGAGACACCUCUGCAUGGUGAUGGAGUAUGUGGAGGGUGGAGAUUGUGCCACGCUGCUGAAGAAUAUCGGAGCUUUGCCGGUCGAUAUGGCUCGUAUGUACUUUGCAGAGACCGUCCUCGCAUUAGAGUAUCUUCAUAAUUAUGGCAUCGUACACAGAGACCUCAAACCUGACAAUCUUCUCAUCACCUCCAUGGGACACAUUAAGCUCACAGACUUCGGUCUCUCAAAGAUCGGUUUGAUGAGUUUGACCACAAACCUGUAUGAAGGACACAUAGAGAAAGACACCAGAGAGUUCCUUGAUAAACAGGUGUGUGGCACUCCUGAGUACAUUGCCCCAGAGGUGAUUCUGCGUCAGGGCUACGGGAAGCCAGUGGACUGGUGGGCGAUGGGAGUCAUCCUCUAUGAGUUCCUGGUGGGCUGUGCUCCCUUCUUUGGAGACACACCAGAGGAGCUAUUUGGUCAGGUCAUCAGUGAUGAGAUCAUCUGGCCGGAGGAGGAAGAAGCUCUGCCUCUGGAGGCGCAGGACCUUAUCUCCAAACUGCUGAGACAGAAUCCUCUGGAGAGACUGGGCACAGGAAGUGCCUUUGAGGUGAAGCAGCACCCGUUCUUCACAGAGCUGGACUGGAACAGCCUGCUGAGGCAGAAGGCCGAGUUCAUUCCUCAGCUGGAGUCUGAGGACGACACCAGCUACUUUGACACUCGUUCUGACCGGUACCACCAUGUAGAUUCAGAAGAAGAAGACGACACCAAUGAUGAUGAACAUGUGGAGAUUAGACAGUUCUCCUCCUGCUCACCUCGCUUCAGCAAGGUGUACAGCAGUAUGGAGCGUCUGUCUCUGCACGAGGAGAAGAGGACUCCUCCUCCCACCAAACGCAGCCUCAGUGAGGAGGGAGGAGAUCGCAUCGACAGCUUAAGCGGACUCAAGUCAAGAGAUCGAUCCUGGCUGGUGGGAUCUCCAGAGAUCCUGCGGAAGCGUCUGUCUGUCUCAGAGUCGUCCCACACAGAGAGCGACUCCAGCCCACCACUGACCGUCCGGAGACGCUGCUGCUCAGCCAUCAUUGAGAUGCCACGCUUUGCCAUCUCCUCAGAGGAAGAGGGAGGCCAAGGUCAAGGUGCAGCUGGAAGUCGUAAGAGUCCCAGCCUGUUGGGUCCAAGUGCAGUGAGGGGCCCGCGUAGUGACGAGCUGCCCCUUGCUAUCCCAGAGCUCCCAGUUGAGAGAGAGCUAAAGCUGGAUGAGUCUCCCACUACACCAAGCUCCUCCUCCAGUCAGCUGAGCAAGGCCACACUCACACCUGGUAGUUCAGGGGACGUGUGUGAUCGUGGUCACAGAGGUAACGGCAGUAAUGGCGGGGCCAGUGGAGCUGCUAAAGCUGCAGCAGACAGCGACUCUCCAUCCACUCCGAGAGCCAUCAGCGACCUGGCUGCUCGUAGGGCUCGUCAUCGGCUGCUCUCUGGAGAUGCAGACAAACACACAGCGACGCCGAGCUCCAGACCACUCAACAAGGUCAUCAAGUCGGCGUCUGCCACCACUCUGUCACUGAUGAUCCCUGCAGACCACCAUGGAGCCUCUCCGUUGGCCAGCCCAAUGUCGCCCCACUCACUGUCAUCUAAUCCGUCGUCGCGGGACUCUUCCCCAAGCCGGGAUCUGUCCCCAGCCGUGAGCAACGUCAAGCCCGCCAUUGUGAUCCACAGAGCAGGCAAGAAGUAUGGCUUCACCCUGAGAGCCAUCCGAGUAUACAUGGGAGACUCUGACAUCUACACUGUACAUCACAUGGUCUGGCAUGUGGAAGAAGGCGGUCCAGCCCACGAUGCAGGGCUUAGGGAGGGGGACCUAAUCACCCACGUCAACGGAGAACCAGUUCACGGUCUGGUUCACACAGAGGUGGUGGAGCUCAUACUGAAGAGUGGUGCCAAAGUGUCCAUCUCUGCCACCCCAUUUGAGAACACGUCCAUCAAGGUCGGCCCUGCCCGAAAGACAAGCCACAAAUCCAAGAUGGCAAGACGCAACAAGAAGACCAAGACCAAGGAAGGACAGGACAGUAAGAAGAGGACGUCUCUGUUCAGGAAGAUCACCAAGCAGGCGUCUCUCCUCCACACCAGUCGCAGUUUGUCCUCCCUGAACCGGUCUCUGUCCUCUGGGGAGAGCGGCCCAGGCUCGCCCACACAUAACCUGUCACCACGGAGCCCGACACAGGGCUACAGGUCCACGCCAGACUCCGCCCACUCAGUUGGUGGAAACUCAUCUCAGAGCAGCUCCCCCAGCUCCAGUGUCCCAAACUCCCCAGCAAGCUCUGGCCACAUCAGGCCCAGCUCUCUGCACGGCCUCGCCCCAAAGCUCCAGCGCCAGUACCGCUCACCCCGACGCAAGUCAGCCGGCAACAUCCCCCUCUCCCCUCUGGCCCGCACACCUUCACCCACCCCUCAGAGCAGCUCACCUCAGCGCUCCCCCUCCCCUCUGCCCAGCCACGCUCUGGGACAGUCUGCGGUGGGUCAGUCAUUCCCUGUGAAGCUCCACUCCUCCCCUCCCCUGGUGAGGCAGAUAUCCAGGCCCAAGAGUGCCGAGCCUCCGCGGUCUCCGCUCCUCAAGAGAGUGCAGUCAGCCGAGAAACUGGCCUCCUCCCUCUCUAACUCCCCCUCGUCUCCCUCUGGGGUGGCUACAGCGGGGGAGAAGAAGCUGGCGGUGGGAGCGACUGUAGGGAGUAGGAAACACAGUCUGGACAUCUCACAUUCGGAGUUUAAGAAGGAGAUUCUGCAGAGAGAACCGAGCCUAACGAGCCUUCAGGAGUCAGCCAGCGAGGGUCUGCUGUCCUCAGCAGGACGCGGCGUGGAGAAGGGCAGCCUGCAGAAACACUCCUCCUCAUCCAGGAAGUUAGGGCGUCAGGAAGGGGACAGCGCCCUCAGUUCGGUGUCUGGCUCGCUUGGACUGGCCCCAGGGAAGAGCAAGCUGAAGGACAAACUAUCUGCCAUCCGGCAGGACAGAGCCGAGCGGAGAGAAUCACUACAGAAGCAAGAUGCCAUCCACGAGGUCGAUUCAUCAGAGGACGAGACAGAUGAGGGCUCAGAGGACAGCCAGGACGGACGCAGGGGGGCGACCUUCACCCCACCUCCCCUGCUGAGGCCCACCACUGUGAGAACGGGCCCCGGAGGCACGCUGCCCUCCCUCUACCUCUCCCCCUGCACCCCUCAUGCCACAUUUACCCACACAGGAUCCUCGCAGGUAGGCAGGCCCACCCCCUCACACAGCCUCCCCCCUGUAACAGAGACGAAGCCCACUCAGAGCACCUCCUCUAUGGGAGUAAAAGACACAAGUUUGGUUUCAUCUACUGAAGACAGCGUAAAACAAGAGAGGAAGGUCCUGGAGCCGAGCAGUAUGACAAAACCCACUCAGGGCCCCCUUCCCUUCUCCACCCCAGGCAGUGCAUUCAUCUCAGUCAGCAAAGACACUUUCCUCAAGCCAACUCCUCCACAAGACUCAAAGAGUCUCAGGGGGAAGACUGCACCAUCAGAAUCCAGGGCAGAGGACCAAACCCUGGACAGGCCUCGAACCACAGUCCCCUCUACCACGAUCACUACCAGUACUACCGACUGCAGAACCACCACUAGUACCACAGACUCCAGAACUACCACCAGUACUACAGACUGCCGUACCACUGACAGCCAAGAGACACCUCGCACCUCCUGCUCCUCUCCUGGCAUUCCCAAGGAGAAGAAGGAAGCUGACAACCGGAGACUAUGUGCUGCUGCUGCAAGUCUGAGUGCAACAUCAUCGUCCACUUCUGGCUCCAGCUCCAGUUCCAGCUCCCCAGUUCCUGCCCCUGAGAGUGCUGUGGACAAAGUUGUGUCCCAGCUUGCAACAGUAGCUAAGAGUGUUCUGGGUCCUGUCAAACUUAGCACCGCUACAGAUAAGAGCCAGAAAGACCAGAAACCAUCCAGAUGUGGCACCACAGAAGUCCCACCAAGUGGUCCCCUUUCAUUUUCCUCGAAACAGCUCCCAACUCCUCAGUCACCUCACCUUUCUGAGUCCCAAACCAGACCGAAAACUGAUCAAGUUGCCUCUCCAACCACCUCCCAGAGGACGGCCAAAUCCUCAGUCCAGAAAGACUUUGCAACCCUGCUGCCAUCGUCCUGCAAGGAUGUCCCAGAGAGGCCCACAUCAGGGUCUGCAAGCAGGGAGAACGCUGCUAUGUCUGCAUCUGCACAGCGGCUGGGUGCAGCUGCCACUCAGCCUGCCCUCACCACACCCCCCAGCUCCUCUGCAGCAUCUGAGCCACAGCGCAAGAGGUCCGAACCCCAGACUACAACUGCCAACGCCGCAUCCGCCUCCUCACAACAAGACAAAGCAACCAGCAAGAAGACGUAGCAGAAAAAAAGCAAAGAACAAAAUGUACAGAUCACACCACUCAGUGCUGGCUUGAGGUUUUAGAACCCACACAAACUGCAUGUUUGGAAGAAAACAUAUUAGUAACUUCGCGCUAAUCAGAGAGUUUGACUUUCAAAGCAAAAGAAGGGUGCAGAGAGAGACAAAGAGCUAUCAGAAGCAGAGACAGAUGUGGUAGUCCUAGUUCCAUUCCAGGUGUUCUGUACUCUUAAUGUUCACGUGAGUUAUUUUGGUGUCCUGACUCUUUGGUUUCUGCUUUUAGAGUAAAUGCCACGAGGAAUUGGUGGGGGGUUUUUUUCUUCUCUUUUUUGCUAACAUGUACGGGGCUAGAAAUAAAGAGCUCAGUGGUCCAUGCUUAUACAAUUUAACAUGCAGACACACACCUGUCUUGCUCACAAUGUUCCUGUGCUGCCUCAUUACUUUUUACCUUGAUGUUUGGCAGAUCCUACAAGCAUGUUCUUCAAACAGAUUAGGACGGGAUUCCUCCCGUCCCUCCUUUCCCGACAAUGUUAAGCCACCCACCAAGAAGAUUGUAUCUCAGCAAUAAAGUACAGCAUAUGUUUAGCAAUCAGUAUAAAUGCAUAACAGUGUUUAUAAUAGGACUAAAUCUGCACCGUCAAUGUAAACUCAGCACCCAGCUAACUAGGCCAAAUUAAAUCUUCCUCUUGCUGUAGUCCCUGGAGAUCCGACACUGCAGGCAUGCAGAAGGCGAGAUGUAUUCCCUGAGCACAGAUUGCAGACGUGGUUCAGUGUUUUGAGGGUAUUCCUGGGAAUGUCAGUGGUGGAUUAGAAUAGUGUUUCUGCAGAUUUACCAAGACUGCACUCAGGCACAGAUCUCAACCGACAGUUUCAAUCUUGUACUGAAACUUGCGCAUUUGCUUGCCAUUUUCCACAACCCUAGGCAUUUGUUUCUACUAGCUAGCACAGAUCUUAUUGUAGCUUAUUAUUGAGAAUGAAUAUCUGUUAGUAUAUAUUGUUAAAAGUUAAUCUGCUGUCAGAAUCUGAGCAAACGUUCCCAGAUCUGUUUCAAGUUCCAGUUCUUUCCAGGUUGAUCUUUAAACAUUUGGAAAGCAGUGAUGGCCUAGAAAGUAGGAAAAUUUGACUUUUGACUCCAAGAUGUGACCGGUAGCUAAGGUGAUAAAGGGUUUGAUUUCAAUUAUUAAAUCCAUUUUUAGAUUGGAAGAUACCCAGAUUUGCUGAGCCCUGAUAUUGACAAAACUGUCUUUAGUGUUUUAAUUCAUACUUUUUUUUUUGCUUGCAACUGUUGUUCUCAUGGCACAUUAUUGUAGUUUCCUACAAACGCUGAAAGCUAAACAUAAAUGCAUUCAAUAAGGGAUUUGAAAAAAGCCAAUUCAGUACUGGAUACAGCCCCAAUAAAAUCUUAUCAAAACCCAACCCUAGCAUAUUGGCAUUUGCACAGUUACAUGGUUAUUAUGUUUCUGGAUGUGUUUUAAGUCAGAACUUAAGAUUCAGACAUCUUUUACAAGUCUUGUAUUGGUCACCUGCACACACUUCCAAAAGCAGAAACAGCUUCACCAUCAUGGUCAGACUGUUUUAUUUAGAACCACUCUUCUGUCGGACCACCACCUUUUUAUUUCUAGGCCCAUCAGCCUCUGAAGGCUGCAGUAGUUUUAUUUGGUAUCUGGACCAACUUGCUGUGUUUUUUGCCUCUAAUGAAGUGAAGUCAUCAGACUUUACUUUUGUACGUGUGUGUGUGUGAGGGAGCGAGCGUUUGUUAAUUUGUGCAUGGUUAUUUGUGUACAUAUAUAUAAGAAUAUUUAAAGUUCUGUUGUGCAACUGUUUUAUACCCUGAGUGUGUGUUUAUGCGUGUGCGUUUUAGGAUUAACUUUGUUCGGGACACCCUGCUACCUGUGUAUGUGGCUGAGCUCUCUAUGUCUUCUGUGUCAGGCGUCAGGCUUUGCACAAACCUUUGAGCUCAUUUUGUCAAAUGUAAAAAAAAUCACUAAAAGGAAGCUGGUCGAGAUGUUUGACCACUGACUGCUGUGCUGGGUUGGAGCUCCGCUCUGCUGUUGCUUCAGAAGGCAAACACAAAAAUGCAGUUAGCCUGUUAAAAUCAAUCCAUCAUGGUUUGUUUUGUUUAUUUGAUUGUUUGUUUGUUUGUUUGUUUUUAUAUACCACCUUUAAUUUUUUCAGUGUUGUCCUGAUCUUUUCCCUGAUUCCUACUGUACAUUUGAAAGCGAGAAACAGAUUGUUUUUGUUUUGGUUUCUUUGAUAUUUUUAAGAAAAUCACCCUUCAUUGAAUGCACACCCAACCCAAACCUGGUGUGGGUCCGCUCCAGUUGUGCAUUUGAACGUUUUCUGAGAAGUGGGAUGUUCCUCUCACAAGUUUAAGAUGAACUAAACCUCCUUCAGUGUUUUGUGUCUUUAUGGGGCUUGUGUCGCUGUUGGAGAGAAAGCAAAACUCACUGGUUACAGUUUAAUUAAGAGUUUUCAAGCUCAGUUUAAAGGACACUGUUAAACUGAUAUCAACACUGACUGUGGCAAUCUCUGUAUUAUGUUUACAUGUUGUUGUUUUGUAUUUUUGUGUUUUUUUGUUGUUGUUUUUUUUUGUCAAUGGAACUUGUUGCCUGUAGCAAUCAAACCUCCUCUGACAGGCUAGGAUAAUUACCAACGUGUUUAGGUGACUCCUGAUCAUAAUGUGGUGUGUUAGUAUUUAGCUGUGUGAUGAAGAGGUCACCUGUGAUUGAGGACGUGUAGAAAGGAGGAAGAUUCAGCGCAACACAUGUUAAAAUCAUCUCUGCUCUUGUUUGCGUUGCGCUGGUCGUCUCCUGGCACUGCAGAAGUGUGUUAACAGGUGUUUCUGUGGAACACAUCAGAGAUGUUGAGACUUGUGGGGAGGAAGCAGCGUCCCAUCGUUUGAGCUUGUGACCUCUCAGGAUUUACCUGCAGUAUGCUUUGGUCAAUCAGACGGUCUGGAAGUUGAUGACUAAUGAGUUUAAAAAUGCUUCUGUCUUUGCUGGCGUCAGACUUGAAUAGUUUUGUUGAUAAUGCGACCACAUUGGAUGUUAUUCAUACACACAACACAAACUUCUUGCCUCAUAGCGUGGUAUCAUCAGAAAACUGAGAUGACAGAGCAGAAAUCAGUGUGCGAGACAGAUUCCUAAGCACUAAAGAAGUUCUAGAGUGAACAAAGACAGAAUUGUGAGCAUCUGUAAAGUUUCAUGCCUAAAAGACAAGUUUGGUCUGAGUGAACAUCAAGUCAGGUUGGACUUUGAUGGGCAGUUUUGGUUUGACCCUGGUUCCAGUGCAAUGAAUUACCUGCAUCUAAGGCUUACAAAUCUUGGGUCUGUUGUCGAUUUUGAUUCAAUGAAUGCUAUCAAACCUGAAGCUUUCCCCCCUUAGUAACAUCAGUAAGCUCAUUGUGCUUAAGAUCUUAAAAUCUGUGAGCAGAAUUCCCAACUGGUGGCACACAAAAUCAUGAUUCUGUACCUUAAUCCAGAGCAGUGCGAAUAUUAUCAGCUGAAUUUGAGCUCAUCACAGAUAUAUCAGUAUCACUGCAUAUAUUGGGCGAUCAACAAUCUUGAACCCAUCGACUAUCAGUCUCAAUGUGAUACAGCCUCUGGGGGCAGUGACCAAUAUUUGAUGGGUUCUGGUGUAGCCAGCUGAUAUCGGGGCUAACACUUCCUCUUCCAUCCAGUUUUACAGUUUGAUUAGCAACUUGAAACAGGGUCACAUAAUGUUUCGGCUCAUAUCUAGACAGAUCAAUUAAAAAAAAAAGAGAAUAAAAAAUUCAUCUUCGUCAGACGAUAGCCAGUAGGUUCCAAGAUUGCAUUUCUGUCAGUGUUCCACCUCUUCACACGGACUGUUGACCUGCUAGUAAGCAACGCCCGCUCAAAUUGGUUCUGAUUGGUUAAUAGUACUCGGACUAAAAACAGAAAUCACAACGCCUCCGAUACCAAAAUCUGUUGCCUACAGAUUCUGCAUACAUACGCAGACGUCUGUUUAUAGAGAUAAGGCGAUAAGUUACAACAAAUGUAAGUACAGAAAUGCCAAAGAUAUGUUCAAGGUAAUUCAGAAACUGUGUCCACUGUACAUAGUUUUUAAGGAAUCCUUAUAAAAAUGAAACAAGUAUUGGCCGAUUUAUGUCAGUAUAUAAAUUGAUCAAAUUUCUGCAUCGGUGCCUCAAAAAAAAUCCUGUUGAGUUCUACGUGAAACUUGUUUGUUGCUGAAUGAUUUGUCCCUGUGUGCUCUCAAAUCCUGACUAAUUGAUUACAAGCAGGUUCAUUAAAUCCUGAAAUUUUUGGGUUUUGGUUUGGUUGCUCAAGGUAAGAAUCCUCCUCAUCAGCAGGAGUUCUGAUCGGUGCUUUAAUCUCUUCACAGUUUCUGUUUUACAUUCUGAUGAAGCACCGCUGUCGACUUCUGCUGCAGUUGUGAUUUUCUGCAUGUAAUUGGAACCUGAGUGUGUUUGUGUGUAAUCACGCACACUCCAGUCCAUCUGCUCUCAGCUGGUAGUCCUAUUAGUGCUACAUGGACAGCUGCCACACACACAUGCACACACACACACAGAUCAAUACCUGUGCCAUCUAAUGUGGCGCUGCCAGUUUCACAGUCUCAACUGACAUUAUAAAGACACACAUACAUACCAGUAUGCGCACACACAGACACACACACACACACACACAGACACACACCUUCUCCCAAGUGUAAAGAUGAUGGUCCAGCCAUCUGCUGGAGAGUGAAGCAAGUGUCAGGUUCCCUGGUGGAGUCAUUAAUCUCAAACCCUGAGCCUGUUGACCACACACACACACACACACACACACGUUGGUCAACACAAAUACUACCGGUCUCCUCAGGCUCCUCUGUCCCAUCCCAGUACUGUUGGCGGUCGGUUCAGCAGUUACACUGUUGGCACUGAUCAACCUCCGGCAUGCUUUUUACCCAUCAUGCACCUCUGCUGCUCUGUGGCAGAGGUCCACAAACCAGACGCACCACGACAGAAGUUUAUUUACCAGCUGAGAAGUCAAACUAAGACUGUAAUCAGUCUGAAAGUCAGGAUUUGAGAGCAUGUGCGUGGAAUUGUGUUAAAAUUUUCAGCUAGCUCGGGUAAUGUUCGCGCCAAAACAAUACCUGCAUGCUGGUACAGAUACUAAAUGCCAAAUUCUGAUACAUUUUUGAGAGAUGUAAACAUUUUUCAAUGUUCAACAGAUGCUAAAGUUCUGAAAUGUUACAUGUCGUACAAACACAGGUGUCUCUAUACUCCGCAAUUUGAAACUGACGAAAUAUUUGAUUUAAAUUAGAAACCAUCUGAUCAAAAAGUGAAUGCUCAAGAUUACAAACCUCACUUGAUCAUUUGAUUCCAGUUUCCUUGAGUUGAUAAUACUCAAUGCCGGGACACAUUUCAACCUAUCAAGAGCUCAGAGUUUACUAUACAGUUGCAGGAAAGUGUGCAGACAGAUCGUUUGUUUUGAUUUAUUAUAUUUAUCUUCUUCUGUUCCCACGUGGCAAUUUUGACAUUGAAUAACUUUUGUACAUAUGACAAGUCCUGUUAAAACCUGCUGGCUAAACCUGUCAUGUUUCGCAAGCUCAAGAUUAGCCAAAACAGCUGCAGUAUACUCUGAGCAGAUUUGUAAACUGAAAUCCUUGAAUUCUCGUACACAUAUUAAAUCCAUAAUUUCUGUUAUGAAGCUGCUGUUUUGUCAGUAAAAAAAAACUUGUGUAUUGACCAAAACAGUGUUUUGAGCAUGUAAAACUUGUGCAGAUGAUUGUGUCCCUGCCUGCUACCAGAUAUCAAGUCUUGACUUGCAGAUUGAUGGAAGCAUCAGUUAUGUUUUUGUCACAAAGGAGCUUCCGUACUCCUCUGACUCUGAGCUGUGUAGAGUAACCAGCUCUGUCUGUGAGGCACAUAGAUAAUUCAAAUACAUGACUUUGGGCAUGACGAGGUACGAGGUGAAGCCUUAUUACCACUAACACACACACACACACACACACACACACACACGUACGUUCUGAACCACCGUUACAUGAGAUUCAGUGAUGUUUCAAUGUGCAGUCCGUCGGUCGUUUCUGUGUCUGAGAGGUCGUCGCUGCUCAGUUGAGCAGCAAAAAUCGACUUUUGUGGACUCUUGCAGUUAAGGGCAGUAUUUCCCAGCUGUGUGUUUUGUGUUUGUCUAUAAAGAGUGAUGAAGAGGAAGGUUCAGCUGUGCACCGUAAAAGCUUGAAGACAUUAAGAGAGAGAGAAAAAAACAUUGCUAGAGUAAAACCAGUGCAAUAUCUUUUUAUUUUUUAUUGUGGUAAAAGCAUGUUGUUGUCAAUCUUACCUUACAACAAUAAUAAAGUUUUUUUAUGUAC